CAUGUAUAAUGCCCAUUUUAGAACUCGUCUACCCCUCUUUAUAUAUAACAUACUCAACAUAGUUGAAAAAUUGAUAGGUGAUCAAAAAUUUCUUCAAUCCUCAUACAUCUGGUAAAUCAAACUAUGUUGAUUCGCCAAAGAAUUGUUCGACAAACUUUGCUGGUGUUAUAUUUUCUUUUGAGUUAUGACGGAGUUCAAGGAGAAAUAAAGUUAUCCAAACUAGAGGAUUUAGAGUUGGAAAAGCAACUUAAACUUUUAAACAAGCCGGCGGUCAAAACAAUUAAGACGAAAUAUGGGGAUACAUACGAUUGUGUGGAUUUCUAUAAACAGCCUGCAUUUGACCAUCCGUUAUUAAAGAAUCACAAUUUUCAUCCCAAGAUGAAAGCUACGAAAACGGUUGCCCUUUUGGAACUGUUCCUAUUAAAAGAGUUACUAAAGAUGAUCUUAUCAGACAAAGACAUAUUCCACCCGCCAGAAGGUAUCGCGUUUGAAUCCACAUUGAGUAAUAUUAACAAUAAUAGUGAGCCAACAAAAAGUUACAUGUCCUCGCGGGGAUACAAGCUUGCAACAGUUCAAAUUCCAUAUGAUCCAAAUAAUAAGUUUGCUGGAGCUGGAAUGUCAGCUACUUUAUGGAAUCCUCGUAUUGAAAGUCAACAACACACUGCAUGUCGAUUGAAAAUCCAGAAGGGGUCAGACAUUUUACAAGCUGGUUGGAGAGUGGAUCCAACACUAUACAGGGAUACUAAGACUAGAUCUUUUAUACAUUUUCAGGCUGGCAAUACACAUUGCUUCAAUACGUUGUGCCCUGGUUUUGUCAUAGUUAAUAGUAAGUUCCCCGUUGAUGUGAGUUUUGAUACAAUUCAACAACGUGGAGAUAAAAAAGUAUGGGAGAUCACACUGUUCAUCGAACGGGAUCUAGCCAAUGGAAACUGGUGGCUUCUGUAUGAUGUAAACAACGAACAAGUUGGUUUUUGGCGUCAAGAGAUUUUCACUAAGCUGACAAGCUUUGCUAAUAACGUGGAGUGGGGAGGAGUAGCGUAUAGUUCACCAAGUGUGUCUGAACCUCCGAUGGGAUCUAGUUGUUUUCCUGUUGGAGAUCCUGCUUAUGAUGCUUAUUGUAGGAGACUUAAUGUUUUAAACGACAAAGGUGAGACAGUACAUAUAGACAAAACGAACGUACGCGUUACAGAUCCUAAUCACUAUGGUAUUAUGGAUGAACCACAUUGGAGAGGUGCAAAGUAUCAGCAUAUGAUAUUUUAUGGAGGGCCUGGUGGGUUCGAGACAUUAUGUUAAUUACUACUAUGACAAUAUUUACUUUCCAUGUCCCAACAAAUAGUAUGAAGUUUUUGCUAGUCGCAAAUUCUGCAGGUCACAAUGCUCUGACUUUUCCUUCUUUGUUUCGUGUUGUUUUUUUGUUUCGUAUAAGCAAA